AUGCCCUCCAUCCUUCAAAUCGUUGGCAUCCUAAUCGCAGCAUAUUGCUCAACCUUCAUUUACUGCUUCGUACGCAACCUCUACUAUGCCAGCAAGUCUGGCCUGCCAAUGCUCGUAGUGCCAUGGGACCAAAACCACUUCGUCUGGAUGGUGACAGCUGUGGCAUUACGCCCACAUCUCGAGAAAUGGCUGCCGAAGUCGAUUUACAAACGGCUUCGACUAACCAUCUACGGCUGGGAGUUUCACGAACGCGGACGUCCACACAAGGAGUACCUCGGUGGCAAGCGAACAUACAUGCAUGUCGGCCUUGGUAGAAGCGAAUUUUGGACGAGCGACGCAGAGGUGGUAUGGGAGGUACUACGCCGCCCGAACGACUUUCACCAACUCGACUUGACCGAUCUUUUCAUGGCUCGCUUUGGUCACAAUGUGCUGACAACUAACGGUGAUCGAUGGGCUAGGCAGCGGAAAGUGGUCGCCUCAGUGAUCAAUGAGCGCAUAUCCAAAGCUGUUUUCGACGAGAGUGUGCGGCAGACCGAGGGUCUCAUGGACGAAGUCUAUCGCAGCUCGUCUGACACAUCAGACUGUGCAGAAACGAACAAACUCUUCGACAUGAUGAAGAAAAUCACGAUCCAUGUUCUUAGCGGCGCAGGCAUGGGCGCGACUGUGUCCUUCAGUGGCGACACACUUGAGAAGCCUAAGCCUGGCUACAAACUCAACUACAUUGAGUCAGUCAAGUCAGUCAUCUACAACAUCACUGGUCCCAUGCUGCUACCGCAGUGGCUGCUGGCAAACUGGCCGUCUACAUGGCCGGCUGCUGAGAACAUGCGUACAUUGUCCUGUGCGAUGAGAGAGUUUCCGGUGCACACCAAAGACAUGAUCGAGCAAGAGAGACAACGUGCGGCAGCUUCCAAGUCUGCUGAGACACGAAGCAACAUUAUGAGUCAGCUCUUGAAAGCUUCAGAAAGCGAGGCUGAUAUGAAAGGAAACGCCUUGUCGGAGGAAGAGAUGAUAGGCAAUCUUUUCCUGUUCACCAUUGCUGGCUUCGACACCACAGCCAAUACUCUGUCUUACGCACUAGCUCUACUGGCACGGUACCCAGCUUGGCAGGACUGGCUUCUAGAAGAAGUUGACCAGAUCGUGCCGUCUACCGCAACCGCAGCAGAGCUCGAUUAUACUACCGUCUACCCGAAAGCGAACCGUACGGUAGCGUUCAUGUUGGAGACACUGCGACUCUUUACGCCACUCAUUCACAUCUCGAAGCAGACGGCAACAGCUCAGACCAUCCAAACAUCGACUGGAGCAUACUGGAUACCGCCGAAGACCACUUGUUACGUGAAUACCAUCCUCUUGCAUCUCGACCCAGCAGUCUGGCGCAACCUAAAUAUCCAACCUGGCGAGGAAAGCAGCGACGAUGACGAAACGCUUUUCCGACCUACGCGCUGGCUCAACCCAUCUGGCAGCGCGCACGUCAUCUUUCAGCCGCCACGAGGGAGCUAUGUGCCGUGGAGCACCGGACCUCGAGUCUGUCCAGGCAUGGGAAUGGCUCGCGUGGAGUUCGUCACCGUGAUGCUGAUGUUAUUGCGUCGGAACCGCAUUCAAGCUGUUUGUCUUGAUGGUGAGGACGAGAAGCAAGCACAACUCAGGCUAGAAAGCCGGAUGCGCAAAAGUCAAUCGAUCCUAACGCUACAGAUGGAAGGCAUCUACGACGUCAAAGACGCAACCGACGGCCUUUCACUACGGCUGGUGAAGCGUAAUCGUGAGUAG